AGAUAAGAUAAAACAUUCGACUUUUGUAGUAGUGUAGACCACAAUAAAGUGAUGUCGUUUAUAGAAAAGUCAAGUUCCAGGAAUUUCCGAUGACACCGUUUUUGCUGGGUUGUUUUUUGUAUUGUAGAGGUGUGGCGUAAGCUUUUAUAUUGUGAUCUUAAAUGGGGUUGCUGGAAGAAAUGUUUGCCAAAAAGACAGAGAAAAACAGGAGCCGUCCUAUCAAGUCUGUCCUGACAAAGGAAUCAUCAAAAAGAACAUCUGAAACCGAUAAGGAAAAUCGAACGAAUUCUUCUACUUUCGGUUUCUCGAGGAAUAUACAAGGCGAUCUGGGAGCAUCUUCUUCAAAAGAUGAGUCCGUUCCCAAACGAGACCAUGUGAAAAAAUCUCAAGAUUCUGUUCGUCCAAUUGACGCUAAACCCAAGGAAAGAAGACCUUGGUUUCGGAUAUCCCCAAAAAUCACCAAAAAGGUGAAGGUUUCAUCUGCAGUUUCCAAGUCCACUGAUGUAGAAUUGAGAAAGAACAGAUCUUCGUCUUUACCUUCGAAAUCUAAUGUGACUUCUAUAAGAGGACAGAACCCCAAGCUAGAAGGGGAUGAUUUGUCAAGAACCUCCUCUGUCACCAACUUAGAAGCAGAGCAAAGGAGCAGCAAGGGGGCCAAACCGAGAAAAAGCUCCUCAAGGGACAGAAUUGACAAGAUUGUGGACUCCAGGAAAAAUGAUAAAAAGGGACUCACUAAAAACAAUAACAAACUAGAAGGUAAUGAAACGCCAUUUCUUUCUUUGGAUUCAACAAUUGAAGAAGACAUUCAACAGUUGAAAAGGCAGCUUCAAGAAAUGGCACAGGAAAAAACUAAUUUGGCUUUGCAGCUUGGAGAAAAGAAUGGUCAAGUUAAUUUUUUGCAAAAAGAAAACUCGAAACUCAAGUCUCUACAGGAAGAAUGUAAUCUCCAAUUGGAGAAGUUGGCUGAAGACAACACUGCUUUAAGAAAUAGAUUGAGAGAUGUUGCCCAUUCUCCUUUAUCUGACAAUGAAAAACAGCAGUUGUUGUUUGAGUCUCAUAGGCAUCAUAAUUCUGCACCUGCAUCCAUUGCAACAAAUAUUCUUGAUGAGGGAAAUGGUGGUGAUACUACUUGUACGACCCCCGAUUGGGACAAGCAUUCCUCCGGUAAUAUCAGUGAAGUUUCUGUUGCAUGCCUGCAGGACAAAAUAAAUCAGAUGCAGGAGACACAUUACAGCACCAAUGAGGAACUGCAGGCCACGCUCCAAGAGCUCACCGACCUGCAGAUGCAGCUCACCGAGCUGAGACAGGAAAACGAACGACUGAACGAGGAGAAGACGCUGAUGUUUGACAGUCUGUGCCGGCAGACGGAGAGACUAAACGAUUCCAGGAACGAGUUGGAAUCGUUGAAGCAGCACCUCUAUCAGGAAAAGGACCGCGGCGAUUUCGAGGUGGCCGCCGAACGCGAACAGAAACUCGUCGACCUCCUCAAAACCGUCCAAGAAGAACGCGAAUCUCUGGCGCAGCAAGUCGACCGCCUCGACGGCGAGCGUCGCGAAGCCAGCGAAGGCGCCGCGGCGCAGGAGGGCGCGUUGGAGCGGUCGCGAGAGCGCGUGCGCACUCUGGAGAGCGCGUUGACGGCCAAGCAGGCGGAGAUCAAGGAGUGGGAGGGGGAGUUGACGCGGGCGAGGGAUCAAUUGAAUGGGCGGCAGAUCGAGGUGAAUCGGUUGAAGGAUUUGUUGGAUAACGCCAGGACGAAGAUUGUAGAAUUGGAACAAGAUAGGACGCUCAGCGACAAAUCGGAACUGGACGAACUUCUUGACAAUGCCAGAAAAGAGAAAGACAGUCUAGAAUCGGAAGUGGCGCAUCUGAAAGAGCAGCUUGCCAUCGGCAAAAACGAAAUCGAAAAAUUGAAGGAACAGGUGUCCGUUCUUCGAGAAGAAUGCAAGGUGACGAGGAAUAACGCGAAAACUACCCAGUCUGAUCUCGAAUACAAAUGCGAAAAAUUGCAGAAGGAGAAAAAUGCCUUGGCUGAUCAGCUGCAAGAGUUUCAAGAAGCUCUCAACGAAUUACAGGUCCAAAGUCAAUGUCAGUUGGAAGACAAAAGACAGCUUUCUGCCGUUCUGUCGGAAACGCAGAGAAACCUCAGCGAAGCAGAAAGAAGAAACUUGAACCUGGAGCAUGAAUUCGAGGAGCUGAAGAAAACGAGAGACGAAGAGAAUGAAGAAUGGGAAAAAUUCCAAGAUGACUUGCUCACCUCCGUUAGAGUAGCGAACGAUUUUAAAACGGAGGCACAACAAGAAUUGCAGCGUCUAAUUUUGGAAAACAAAUCUUGUCGGGAAAGAGAACGGCAACUCAAAGCCGAAAUCGAAAAGUUGAAGGUCCCUACUGAUCCGGUUCCUUUGAGACCGACGAGUUUCCCUGGCGACGAUGUGGCCUUGAGGAGGAAAAAUAUGGCCUUGAGUCGUCAAAGCAGCAGGCAAUCUGUGAAGUCGCUGAUUGAAAGCAUAGAAAGCCAGGCAAAGCCGGUCAUAACGAAAACUGUUUCUGUGUCUCGAAGCAGCUCCAGCUCCUCCAUAAACUCCUUCGCCUCGGAAUUGAGGGGCCCGUCGAGCCCCUCUAUUUUGCCCACCCCCUCUCCCGGAUCGCCCUUGAAAUCGCUCAACGAUUGGUCGGAGUCGAACAACGUCAAAACGCCCCUGAAAGAGCAACAGCCCAACAAGUUGAACAGGGAUUGGUCCAAGAGCAUCAUGAGUGAUUCCAUAACAAAGACUGACAUUGUUAAGCCUAAGAACGAUGAUGGAUACAGGGAGUCCAUUUUGCAAAAAGGGAUCGAUUUUUCGAGAAGGAAUAGCUAUUCUGAUCUCAGCGAACGCAAAGACCCUCUGAACGGCCUAGUGAAAAAUGGCGGGUCGAAGCGCAACGCUCUGCUGAAAUGGUGCCAGAACAAGACGGUCGGCUACCGGAACAUCGACAUCACCAAUUUCAGCAGCUCGUGGAACGACGGUCUCGCCCUGUGCGCCCUGUUGCACACUUAUCUGCCCGACAGGGUGCCCUACGACAGUUUGACGCAACACGAGAAAAGAAGGAACUUUGGCUUGGCCUUUUCGGCGGCGGAGAGUGUCGGCAUACCUACUACCUUGAACAUAAACGACAUGGUUCUACUGGAGCGUCCUGAUUGGCAGCAAGUUAUGAGUUACGUCACAGCUAUUUAUAAGCAUUUCGAAACUUGAGACGCAUAUAGGGUGUUGCUGGUUUCUGUGAUAACUGCAUUUUCAGUUUCAGAAGUACUGAGGUGAAAUAUUUCAGAUAAUAUCUGAUAAUAAUAGUUUUGUCUAUGAUCAAAGCUCGAGUGGGACCUAGACACGUAAAGUGACUUUAUAUGAGGGUGUUUUUUUAUUUCGUUAACGUGUUUUCUGCCAAAGAAAAUCAUACGUUUUUAGUUUGUUGUAACGUUUGUAGAAAUUUUGAUAAAUAUUUUACAGGGAGUUUGUACAAUGUGAGUCACCAAACUGUUUACACACGGUUUUUGUUCUCGAAAUUCAAAGUUGGUUACGAAAAAAGCGUUUUUCAAUACACAGGAAGGUCAAUUCUCAGUUGCUAGAAUCGGUGGGCAUUUUUCGAAAAUCUUGUUUUCUUUAUUUUAGUUGAGGGAAAGCAUAAACUAAUUUCCAAAAACACGGUAUACCUGAUAUACAGAGUCAAUAUAUACGAAAAACAAAAAAAAAAUUGAAAUACAAUCACCUUUCAUAUAAUUGCAUUUUCGAACUAUAGAUGUAUAGUAAAGUAUCUGGCAUAUUUUGAAAGUGAAAUAUCUUUGUUCAAAUGCAUUCUGUAUAUCAACUAUUGUGUUUUUGAAUUGUUAAUGCUCUCAAACUAAAAUUCCGUUUUUCUUUGGACGUUUCUGGAACGAAGCUGUUCCCGUAACACAAAAAAAGGGAAUUUAUUCUUCUCUCUUUGGUAUAAAGAAUUGAGGUACAGGAUGUUUUUUGUCAAUUGAACUUGAGACAAGGAGUGUGUCAAAAAAAAAUAAUUCAAUGGAUUUCGGCAAUCAAUAACUAAUCAAUCAGUAUACUGGGUGAAUCAAAUUCGAAAGCCACCAUCGGGAUCUCGGAAACUAGGAAAUUAUAAAACAAAUCAAUUAAGUGCAUUUUUCAUCUACAUUUUCUAGAACCAACGAGAAAUUUAUACAAACCAAGACAUUUUCUGAACCUGAUUUCGAGGAAUAAAUUGAAAAUAUCAAAUUUAGCUUUUUAUGAAGUCAAUACAGUCCAUAAUUAGGGGACUAGACAAUUGAAUUAAAUUGUCAAACAAUCUGUUUUUCACAAUGGAAUAAUUUUAUACAAUUCAUUACCGAAUGAGUUGAAAAAUAUACAUGAUGCAAGAAGGUUUGAAAUCAAUCUUGAAAAAUACUUGCUUAGGACAAUUUGAAUGAAAAAUAUGUGGCAUGAUUUGAUUUCUUAGAAAUGAAAUAUAACUUCAAUCUUAAGAAACAAUAUUAAUUCGUUUCCACUGAGUGGAAUUCAUUAUUUAACCCUUUAUUAUUAUUUUUUUAUAGGUAUUUAUGUAUCCCUAUCAUAAACAGAAAUGUUUCUUGGGGUAAUAAAGACAAUCAAUCAAUCAAUGGUUGAAUCAGGGCAAAGUUGCGCAUUUAUGUGAUUAAAAAUAUGCCGUCGAGAAAAACAGAAAUUGUUGUCAUAUUUGUUGGGUUCUAACCUUCUUCGCCAUUGACGAAAAAUUAAACAAUCUUUAAAUAUCAACCACAUCCUAAUAAAUAGUGAGACAGAAAAUGUUAAAUUUGACAAAUUUGAUUCAUUUUUGGAAGAAUUCGAUGUGGAAAAUUUUGAGAGUGCAAAGAUUAUCAUCCAGGUUUUUUUUUUCAUACAAAUCCAAUGAUUUCGUGAGCCCACUCAUUUUACAUGAAUAUAAUGAAACAUUAACACAUUAAAUUUGUUUGUUGGGAUGGUGGCCCACGAAUUCGAAUCACCCGGUAUACCCAUAUAAAAUGUGUUCUAGUAUUUGAGGAAAUCAGGUUGACAAGUGGGAGAGAACAGUUGGUGACUAACACCGAAAUAAUCGAAAAGAAAAAAGUAUUUUGUACGGACAUUUACCCAUUUUUUCUACUAUCUAGUCAAGUAGCAUAUAAUCUUGAUGUAUGUUCGAUUUUUGGUGUUCUAUUUUGAGACGGUUUACUGGGUGAGUUUUGCGUUAUUUGAUAUGAUAUCGACACUUGUUAUAUUCAUAAAUGGCCUACACUAUCAUAAAUCUUUUAAAUAAGCGUGAAGACGUAAAACUUCAGAAUCCGGUUUUCGGUCUUUUGGCUUGAUUGUUCUGGUUAAUAUUUUCAAUGUCCAUUAUUGAAGAAAUGUUGGUUAAACUGCAUUUAGCAUGCGAUGCGUUUUUUUUCGAAAAUUUUUUUUUGGACACGUAGAAGUACAGGGUGGGCAAAAUUCGAUGUCUAAUAAGCUAUA